AUGGAUGUAACUGAGGCUAAAGAUGUAACGGAGGACAAGGAAGAGCCCCAGAGGAGGGUAGGAUCCCCGACAGACCCGGCGUCCUCCACCCCGACCUCUGUGGGGCCGUUGUCCUGCCAGCGGAAUCUUCGCGGGGGGUUCUUUUUCAGCCUCAACGUCGAAGACUCCGACGACGCAAGCCGAGAGGAAAGCAGGGAAGGGAACUUGGUGGUACUCCCGGUGAACUCCGGUGAUGAACGGCAAGAAAAGGAAGAGAAAGAGGAGGAAGGCCCCACAGAGACUUCGGCAUUGACCUCGUGCGAUGAGGAUGCUGCGAAGUCUUGGCAUGACCUUGGUCUUGAAGUCCGCUUGCGCUGGAGCAAGCUCCCCCCUUUGAGUCUGCACGAGUUGCUCUCACUUGUGAUUGUCCUACUUAUUCCGGUGAACAUUCUUAUCUUAGAUCUGGUGUGUUUGGAUUUUUUUAGAAAGAUACUCAUUUUCAAGCAGUCCCUUGGCCUCUGCCGGAAGAUGAUGACUAGCCAGACGGUUUCGACCGAGAUGCCCGAAAGAUGGGUCUCAAACGACAAUCCAAACUCACCCUGCAGCAUGUGGAAGAUAUCGUGGCUAGCGGUGCUUCUACUCUGGCUGCUUUUACCAAAUGGUUUGAUUAUCGGGGGCAUCCUCGCUAAUAUUUUUGUAUACAAAGAGCAGAAACCGCGUUCAGGUCCCUCAGAUAUCCCGACCGCUUCUUUAGAGAGCCUUCGCAAGGGAUUUUUGACUCAUAGAAUAAAUGAGAAAGAGCUAUCAGGUGGUGGUGUUUUCACACAGCAGGAUCAUGCCCUGUAUCCUGAUGAACUGACGGGUGUGCAGCGCACUUUUUGCUCGCUAUGGAGCUUCCUGAAGGUGACGUGGAAAGACGCCCAUGCGAUUGAGGGACAUCUAAAGUUUUUUUACUGGAUGUAUCAUGAGAUAAUUGGAAGUUAUAUCAUAUUCAGAAGAAAACACAAAUGUUAA